AUGACCGGCACACAAGCAUUGUGGCUCCGUUGCGAGACCAAGCCGGCCGAGCACCGCUCGGCCUUGACGCCCACUACAGCGAAGAAGCUCAUUAAUGCUGGCUUCGAUAUUACUGUGGAACGCGAUCCCAACCGUAUCUUUGACGACGAGGAGUUUGAAAAGGUUGGCUGUCACAUGGCCGAGUACCACUCGUGGCCCAAGGCGCCGAAGACGACGCCUAUCAUUGGUCUGAAGGAGCUCGACACACCCGGCCCAGACCUGGAGCACACGCACAUCCAGUUUGCGCACUGCUACAAGCACCAAGAGGGCUGGGUCGACGUGCUUGCGCGCUUCAAGCGUGGCGGCGGUAAGCUUUAUGACCUGGAGUUCCUCGAGGAUGCGAAUGGCCGUCGUGUGGCGGCCUUCGGCUGGCAUGCCGGCUUUGCUGGCGCCGCGCUGGGUCUCCUGGCGCUGGCCGAGCAGGUGGAAGGCAAGGUGCUUGGCGCGCAGACCAAGUACCCCAACGAGGAAGCGCUCAUGGAGAAGACACGCGAGGCUGUGCGGGUCAUCCGUAAGCACCGUCCUGAUGGCCGUGUGACUUCGUUGAUCAUUGGUGCGCUCGGCCGCUGCGGUCGUGGCGCCAUUGACUGUCUGGAGAAGUCCGGCUUGCAAUCUGACGAGAUUGUGCGUUGGGACAUCCAGGAGACCUCGGCGAAGAGCGGCCCCUACCAGGAAAUCAUUGACUCGGACUUGUUUGUUAACUGCAUCUACCUUUCGAAGAAGAUUCCGCCGUUUGUCAACAAGGAGUCGCUGCAGGCGGUAGGCGACAAGCGCCGUCUAGGUAUGAUUGUCGACGUGAGCUGCGACACGACGAACCCGAACAAUCCGAUCCCCGUGUACUCUAUCAACACGACAUUCGAUAAGCCAACGGUCGCUGUGGAUGGCUUUGACAAGUUGGAGGUUAUCUCCAUCGACCAUUUGCCUACGCUCCUCCCCCGUGAGGCAUCGGAGGCGUUCUCAAACGACCUUUUGCCAUCGCUGCUGCAGCUGCCGCUGGUCACGGGUGUAGCUGGCGAGGAAGCGCUGCAGCAUGUGAACGAAGAGGGCAAAGGUGCUGUGUGGACGCGCGCAGAGGCGCUGUUCCGCAAGCACCUGGCUGAGGCCGAGGCGAAUGGCGCAUAA